CAACACGAGCUGGUUAAUAAACGCUUUUCCGAUUUUCCAAUUUUCCGACUUUCCGACUCUCCUCUACCCCCCCGCAGCAGCAGCAACAACAAGAUAUUCGCAAAAAAAGGACCCUCUGGCAUUCAGAUCCUUGAGUGCAAUAUGUCCAAUUUAUUGGCGCAGUGCAAUCGAUAAGCGAACCAAAGUCCGCUGGCGAUGCAGUGGGACGCUGAUGCAGUUGGAUUUGGAUUUCGAUUUGGAUUUGGAUCGAUAUAGAACAGAUUACAGGCGCUCGGGCGCUCAUAUCCUGCAUAUAUCCUGCGGUGAGUGGCGCCAGUUGAUGCAUCAUCCCGUAUCCGCAUCCCGAUCCCAUCGUAUCGUACUGGCCUAUGCAGACACUCCGUUGCAGUGAUGAGAUCGAGGCUGUUUUGGAUACUGGCGAUUAUAUACUCCUCACUCCAUCACAUCGGCUCGGGCUCCACGUCGACCACAUUAAAGAGACCUCGAGCUGGCGAUCCCUUCGACUCGUUCCCGAAGAACUUCUGGCAGGAGUUCUCGUCGCCGUUCACCGACACGCCCGAGGAUGAGGAGCUGGAGGUCACCGAGACGACCACCCACGAGCCGUUCCCCUUCUUCGCCGAUCCGUACACCACCCUGAACAUCAGCACCCAGCUCUCGUCGAGCGUCUAUCUGCACUGCCGGGUGAACGAUCUGCAGGGCAAGACGGUCUCGUGGAUGCGGCGACGCGGCGAGGACCUCACCCUGAUCACCUUUGGCCAGCACACGUAUAGCGGCGACUCGCGCUACUCGCUGGAGUUCGAGGAGCCCAACGACUGGAAGCUGCUCAUCCAGUUCGCCAACGAGCGGGACGAGGGUCCCUACGAGUGCCAGGUGUCCUCGCAUCCGCCGCUCGUCCUGCUCGUCUACCUAACGAUAAUUGUUCCUCACGUGGAGAUCCUCGACGAGCGGGGCUCGGCCACGCCGGAAAAGUACUACAAGGCUGGCAGCACCAUCGAGCUGCAGUGCGUCAUUUCCAAGAUUCCGCAUCCCUCCUCCUACAUCACCUGGCGGCACGGACCGCGUCUGCUCAACUAUGACACCAGUCGGGGUGGAAUCAGUGUCAAGACGGAUAUGCUGCCAGGACGAGCGCUGAGUCGCCUGUACAUCGCCAAUGCCAAUCGCCAGGACACCGGCAACUACACCUGCAUGCUGGGCAAUGAGAUUACGGAGACGGUGGUGGUCCAUGUGCUGAACGGUGAGGAGCCCGCCGCCAUGCAGCAUGCGAAUGGAAGCCACCAAAAAGCCGACGCCUCCACAAUGGUUGUGUUAUUUCUAGUGUACGUGUGCAUCUCGGGAUCCAUUUCCGUAUCCGGAAUAGGUCGGGAUUUAGGAUUGGGAUUGGGAUCAGGAACGGGGCGAUGACGGCGCGGCGGAAAGCGGGGAUCUUAGAUCCCAGUUUGUGGCGCGGGAAAUGCAUACACCAAAAGAAUCUUGUCCAGGAUUGCAUUUUCGACUUUUACUCUAAUCAUGGGUUGUUUAACAUACGAUACAUAGCAUAAACCGAAUACUAAGCUUAAGUCAAGUGUAUUUAAAAACCGGAAAUCGAAAGAUCAAAAA